AUAGACGCAUUUGCAUGUGCUUAAGAAGUGUGUUUAAAGUAAAGGAAUUCAUUAAUAAAUCAAGCAUCUUGGAUAACAGCUAAUAAUACUAUACUUACAUGUAUUUGACCUUUUCAUAUAUAUAUAUAUAUAUAUAUAUAUAUAUACAUAUCAAUGGUGUUAUUCUUCUUCAGUUCAUCAUCAACACUUGAUUAGUGUUGUUCUUGUUCAUCUGUAGAUAUGGCUCUUAUUACAAUACCAUCUAGUAGUUUUUAUUUCACCACUGCUUCUAAACAAGAGUUUAGUUUCAUAAACAAUGGAAAAAGGUUAUCUCUUGUUGGGAUUCAGAGAAGAACAUGUUCACCUUUGGUUUGCAAGAAGAGCUCAAACAAUGGAGAUUCAAAGAAGAGUAAAGUGGAACCACAAGUGCUUUUAGGAAGGAAGAGCUUUCCUUCUGGUUUCACCUUCGGCGCAUCUUCUUCCGCUUAUCAGGUGGAAGGAGGAGCCAGUGAAGGAGGAAGAGGACCAUGUAUAUGGGACACUUUUGCUCUCCAACAUCCAGAGAAAAUUCAAGACCGCAGCAGUGGUUCUGUGGCUUGUGAUUCAUUUCGCAAAUACGAGGAAGAUGUUAAACUGUUAAAAGAUGCAGGCAUGGAUGCAUACAGAUUCUCCAUCUCUUGGUCAAGGAUUUUACCAAAGGGAUCAAUAAAGGGUGGUAUAAAUCAUGAGGGAAUUGCAUAUUACAACAAUCUGAUCAAUGAAUUGAUACAAAAUGGAAUCAAACCUUUUGUGACGAUAUUCCAUUGGGAUGUUCCGCAAGCUCUAGAGGAUGAGUAUGGAGGCUUUCUAAAUCGAAGAAUCUUGGAUGACUUCAAGGACUAUUGUGAGGUUUGUUUCCGGGAAUUUGGAGACAGAGUGAAGCAUUGGAUCACAUUAAAUGAACCAUGGACUUUUAGCAGUUAUGGAUAUGACACUGGAGUUUUUGCACCUGGGCGAUCCUCAAUCUCUGGAAAUUGUUCACUUGGUGAUUCUGCGAGAGAACCAUACAUUGUCUCUCACAAUCUUAUUCUUGCUCAUGCACUUGCUGUCAAGCUCUACAGAGAGAAAUUUCAGGAUACACAAAAAGGAGAAGUGGGAAUCACAUUGGUUUCUCACUGGAUGACACCGAUUACAAAUUCAGUGCAAAAUGAACAAACAGCAGAAAGAGCUCUAAAAUUCAUGUUUGGAUGGUACAUGGAUCCCUUGGUGCACGGUGAUUAUCCAUUCAUCAUGAAAGCUUUAGUUAGGGAGAGACUUCCUUGCUUCACAGAGGAGGAAUCAGAGAUGAUCAAGGGUUCAUAUGAUUUUAUCGGAAUUAAUUACUACACUGCAAGAUAUGCAUAUAGUCUUCCACUCUCAUCCAAUGAUAGGCCCAUUAGCUACAAUGCAGACUCAUAUGUUGAUCUUAGAGUGUCAAAAUUAGAUGGAGGGCUCAUCGGAGAACCGUCAGGAUCCAAUUGGCUUUUUGUCUACCCUGAUGGAAUAAGAGAUCUGUUACUGUAUACCAAGAACAAGUACAACGAUCCUGUAAUCUACAUUACUGAAAAUGGAACUUCCGAGUUGGACAGUGAGACUCUAUCACUGCAAGAAGCUUUGGAUGAUAAGAAAAGGGUCAAUUACUAUGCUCUUCAUUUGAGUAAAGUUGAAGAAGCCAUCAGGUUGGGAGUGAAUGUGAAAGGUUACUUUGCAUGGUCUUUGAUGGACAACUAUGAAUGGGCUGAUGGCUACACCAUGAGGUUUGGGCUAACUUAUAUUGACUACAAAGAUGGGUCAAAGAGAUAUCCAAAAGCUUCUCUCCAGUGGUUCACCAAGUUUCUCAAGUCCUAGUUCAUAUUAGUUAUAAAAUGUUAUUUAUAUGUAAAAGGUUUCAAUAAUAGUUUAUUCUAACUUUAUCCAUUGGAAUGUCAAUAAAGAUAGCUAUAAAGUUCUUAUAAUAAUGUUUCCAUGUUGAAUUUAUUUAAUAAAAUAUUUGUGUUUCUCGUGGAUAUAGUACAUUGUGAAAUUAAUUGUAAAGUUGGAUGGAGCUAGCAUCAUAUGCUAAGAGUUACCACAUAUCAUAAGUAAUAACUUAUGUAUCUAUCUAUACAUAUAUGCUGGUAAAAUAAGUUAAAAUAAGCACUGUUCUAAUUUGGUAAACCAAAUGCUUUUAUGAUGUUUUUUUAUUAGAUAUCAAAUAUAUAAUUCAUUUAAGUAAAAAAAAAACAAAC